GUGACAGAGGGGGGGCAAGCAGCUCAUUGUAAGCAGCAGUGAGUUAAUCUCUUUAGCGGCACACGUCUUAUGUAAAGAGGUGUAAUGGUCUCUGCCCUCUCCCUUCCCCAAGGGACCGCAAGGGACACUGGGGUCCCGUAUCCCAGCAACAUUUGCAUGUCGGUUAUUCCAAAAAAAGAUAUGAAGGGGGAAAAAAACUGGUGAAUGGUGAUAAGAUCCGCCCCCUUUGCAUGGUAGACUCUUGUCUACAGGCAGACUAUAGAGUAUUCAGUGGUUCACACAAGGACAAACACAUUCUGACUCACAACUGAGAGCAUGCGAAGGAGAUUCGAUUCAGAUUUCACAAACACUGCGUCUGUGGAUUUAUUUGUUUGGAGAGUUUCCCAAAUGGGAAUAAGAAGGAUCUCCACACAAGGCUAUGUGUCCAUCAGACCUUCCUCCAUCAUUAAAAUUCUGUAAUUACACACCUGCUGCCAUCAAGACCACCACCUGCCUUCUCCAGAUGCCCCAGGAAACAUGGGUAGCGUCAGCAGUUUGAUAUCAGGCCAUAGCCUCCACAGCAAACACUGCAAAUCUUCUGAAAACAAAGUCAAAAAGGGGCUUCAGUCGAAGAAAACAGGCCGUAGCUUUGAUGGCUUUCUGAAGUAUGGCUUCUCUCAGGACCAUUGCAGCACCAACAACAACUCAAAAGUCAGCUAUCAUUCAGGCAAAAAUGACGACUUCUUUUACAUCAAGGUCAGCAACAAGCCCCGAACUGCUAACAUUAAUACAGCUGAAGACAGUCAAGGAAGAACAACUGAGAUGGACAAUGAGGUGGACAGGAGAGGAGGGCCACCAGAAUUAGUUCCGCUGUCUGGAAAACUAGAAAAGAGUAUAGAGAAUAUUUUAAUUCGACCCACCGCAUUCAAACCAGUUCCUCCUCGAAGCAGCAGUUCCUCUGUGGAGACUCAUAACGACUUGAGCACUAUCCUGGGCAAGAGAAUUAGUCCUAUUGACAGGCUAAAAGAUCUUCAGGAUCCAAAGUUGGAGACAAAUUCUGGUACCUUCUCUGACUCUGGAAGGAACUCUAUGUCCAGCCUGCCUACUCACAGCACCAGUGGCAGCAGCCAGAUGGACAACCUAAGCACUUCAACUAACCACAUGGCACGCCAUGGAGGCCUUGCCAAAAACAUAGACACAUCUCAGAACGCACAGGGGGGUGUAGCAAGGAUGAAUGGAAACUCUGGAUCCAGUUGGAUGUGUAGCGUUGCUAACGGUGGAAACAGUUGGGCCAAUGGAUUUGGUGAAACAAACAGAAACAGUGAGAUGACAAAUGGCAAUACAAGAUCCAUUGGUGUCCUAAGUGAAAAUGUAGCGGCAGCAAUAAGUAUGAACAGAGAAAUAACUGCUGCAGCACUUACCCUUUCAUCCACUGAGCCAAAGAUGGAUUUCUCUGGAAACCAGGAACUGCUUCUGGAACACAGAUUUACAAUUUCAGAGCAAAGCCCGACAAAACCAUCAUCUUCCGGGGGCUGUGUCCGAUCACCAAUUUCAAUGGAUGAAUCACUGAUACAGCAGCUGGAGGAGAAACUUCUAGAACGUGAAACCGAGCUGGAAGAGUUACAAACGAGCCUUGAUGAGAAGGAGUCAGACACAUGUCAUCUAUUUGAGGAGAAGCAACGCUACUGUGCUGAGGAGAUGGAGGGGUUGAAACAACGCUGUUCUACAAAACUCCGACAAGUGUCUCAGAGGGCUUUGAAAGCCCAACAGUUAUUGCAGCUUCAGGUGAUACAACUUCAACAGGACAAGGAACGUCUGCAGGAGGAGGUGAACCAGCUUAAUCGUGACCGGGAUACUGCAGAAAGCCGUUUCCGAAUCUAUGAGAGCCAGAAAAACCUAGUACCCACUCUAGAAGAGACUCAGUGGGAGGUGUGCCAGAAGUCAGGUGAGAUUUCUCUGCUAAAGCAGCAACUUAGGGACUCCCAGGCCGAUGUUGGAAACAAACUCAGUGAGAUUGUAAGUCUCAAAGCCUCUCUGAAGGAGUCCAGAUGCAAGCUGGAAGAACUGGAGAAGAAGAUCAAAGACUAUGAGGGAGCACUUCACCAGCGGAGCGCUGAGGUUGAGGUAUCUAAAAAUGAGUUUCAAAGAAAGAAGAAUGAAGCUGACCUCCUCAGGGAGAAGGUGAACCUACUGGAAACAGAUAUCAAGGGCAUGAAGCAGGACUUAGCAAUGGCCAAAGAGGAGCAACAGCAGCUUAUGACCAUGAGAGCCAAAGUCGAGGAGCAACAGCUGCAACUGCAGAUAAGCCAAGCCCGGAUGGAGGCCUUUGGGACAGGUCAAGCCAAAUCGAAAGCCCAGGAUGGAACAAGUGCCAGCAAAACACUGAAUCAUAACAGAGGGACUGCGGACUUGGAUGCCCUACAGAAAGAGGUAGAGAGGGUGAGAGGGGAACUGAAGGAAGAGAAGCAAAAGAAACAUAAGAUGAUGAAUAGCUUCCAGCAGGAGAGACAAACGUGGAAUAAAGAGAAAGACAAAGUAAUCAGAUACCAAAAGCAGUUGCAGUACAAUUACCUACAGAUGUACAGAAAGAACAAGGACCUGGAGAAGAUUCUGAGGGAGCUAACGGCUGAAAUGGACAGUCGGUCAGAGAUAGACAUGGACAGCCAUACCUCUGAAAAGAUUUUAGCCACAGAGAUAUGAGGUCAGAGGAUGAACGAUUACACAAUUAACCGAAUGGUCUUAAAAGGGUUAAUGUACUAGUGGGCGGAAUUCACAAAGCAAAAUUUAAAGGGAGGAAACAUGAUGUCACAAGAGAUUUCAAGAUGUCAGGAGUUGUUCGAACUUCAAGAUAGCAUCACUUGUACAUACCACCAAAAUAUGUUCUCCUUUUAGAUCUACCAUUUAACUUAAACUCUUAGAAUGUAAUCCAUGUGCAUUUCUGAAUAGGUUCCUAUUAAAGGUGCAGUAAGCAAUUUUUGUUCAUUAGAAUUACAUUCUUACUUGAGAGACUGAAUUAGUGCUCCAUCAGUAACCAUCACAUCUGUCUCUGUGGCAGCCGUGAAUUCUGUAAACUCCAAAUAAUUGACCACAGUCAGACUCUUUGUGUAGCCAUUUAAGCAUGUUCUGCCUGUCAGUCAUUUUGUGCAUUCAUAGGGCAGCCGGUGAAUAGGAAGCAGGUGUCUUGGGGUGUGGCAGUUUAGACCUGAAUAAUUUUAUUUAACUUAAACAAUUCCAAUUAAGAACCAUAUUAAGUUUUAUAAGCAGUUGACAGGUGUUGGUUCAUCAUGCAAGGAUACAAUUUUGUAAGUAUUUAGCUUGGCAACAAUGAGAUGUGCUACUGUUUUCCUGCUAAUCUCUUAUAACAAUGGUAAGGGAUAUGGAAAGAAUGUGCAAGUCUUAUUUAGUGAAUAAUUUUGCAGAAUGGCUAACAUUGCUUACAGCACCUUUAAUCUGUGAAUAUCCAACCAAAUGUGACCCUGGAGCACAAAACCAGUCUUGAGUCAUUUGGGUAUUUUAGAAAUGGCAAAAAAAAAAUAAAAAAAAAAAAAUUAAUUAUCGAUUUUUCUUUUAUUCCAAAAAUCCUAAGAAUAUUAAUUUCCAUGUUUCAUGAAGAUAUUUUGUAAUUUUCUACUGUAAAUAUAUCAAGACUUAUUGUAUUAGUAAAAUGCAUUGCUAAGAAAUUCAUUUGUACAAUUUCAAAAGUGAUUUUCUCAAUAUUUAGAUUUUUUUGCAUCAUCAGAUUCCAGAUUUUCAAAUAGUUGUAUCUCAGCCAAAUAUUGUCCAAUCAUAUCAAUGGUAAACUUAUUUAUUCAGCUUUCAGAUGAUAUAUACAUCUCAAUUUCGAAAAAAAUAAAAUAAAAUCACCCUUAUGACUGGUUUUGUGGUCCAUGGUGACAAAUGCUUACCUCUAUCUAAUCCAAACAAUCCAGCGCUUCUUGCCUAAACCUCAAGCAGUUGUACAUUCUCACUACAGGGUGACAAAGUGAUAUGAAUGUUUUAUCUGCUGUUAUUGCUAGUUUGCACUCUCUCUUCCUUUUUAUAUGACAAUAAUCUUUAUUACCAGUGUCUUGGCAGAAAGACUCAUAGAAACAAUAUGUGUACAGGAAUAUAGUAUCUCAUACAGUGAGAUUAUGUCAUGUUCAAUGAAAAUGCACUGUUCACAAACAUAUUUCAUUGUUAAUCUAAAGUAUUUCACAAUUCCUUCAAAUCUUUUUUAACAGUACUAUACUAUCAACUUUAAAGCCUAGACAUUGUACGGUUUUUGUUAGAACUGAAAAAGUACAGUCAAGUCACUUUCACUCGCAGACACAUGUGGGAAAAGGGUUCAUUAAAACAUUUGUUUUGGAAAAUAUUACUUGGUUAGAACAAUAAUAGUGAAUGCAUGAUGACAAAAUACUCAUUUUUGGAUCAGUUCUGGAAUUGUCUGAAGGAAUUGCCUAACUGGGGAAAAGAUAGGUCUUAAAACUGACUGAACAACUAUUUUACUCUCCAGUAUAAGUACUGAAUUUUAAUUAGUUAUCGCUUCAAAAUGAUAUCUACAGAAAUAUUUAUAUAGGCCGGAAGAGGCCUGACAGUACAACAAUAUGUUAUACAGAGAUGAAACUUUUUUUUUUAGUCUAGUGCAGAAACACAGGUGGUGGUAACAAAGCAGUGUGUUCUCCUUUAAAACUUAGAUGUAAUACAAUACUAUACUUAACCGCUCACAGGACAACUUUUCCUAGAAAUGUUGCUUGUAACAGCAAACAGAAAGAUUAAGGUGGGCAGCACUGAGACUGUUUACGUUUUUCAUUGCACAAAUUUGUUACCCAAUGUUUCAUCAUACAAAAGCCCCCGAAAAGCUGCCUUGUAAGUCAUCACCCCUUGAGCUUCCUGGAGUUUUGAUUUGAUAACAACAAACGGAUAAUCAUAUUAUUGAUGGUGCAGGGUGGUUGUGGGGUGUAAGGCUGUCUGUAGAUUGUUGUAUAUUUCUUAUUUAUUUUAAUUAAAUAAAUUAAGUUUUUUUUUUUUUCCUGAGUGCUGUUUUAGUCGGUUUUCAGUGAGUCAUUUUAUAGUUCAUCAAGUUGCAUAUGGCACAAUACCUAAACUACGGUGGCCGAUAAGUGCAAAACAACAUUACAAAGUGUGAAACACUUUUACGAAGCUCGAGACAAAUUUACAUUUUGGAAAACAUUUUUACUUACUAUAAAACACAAUUACAUGGGGAAAACACAUUUACCAAGGACGAAACAAAUUUACAUUUUAGAAAACAAAUUGACAAGAGGCAAAACACUUUUACCAGUCCCGAAACAAAUUUACAAUGACAGAUUUUUCACGGAAAGGGAAAGUACCACACACCGGAAGUGACGCGGUGAAAGGUGUUGUUGUUGUUGUUGUUGUUGUUGGUGAGCGCGGUAAAUUCGUGUGGUUGUGGAGUAAAUGGCAUUAAUGAAGUUGCGGCCGAGGGAGGUUUUGUGGCAAACACAUGAACAGCUUAACGCGGUUUUUCUUCACUUGUCAUCGAUGUUUGGAGUUUCUAAACGACGCGGACCAGACGGAAACACAAGACAUACUCUGCAUCAAUGUGUUCAAUAUUUUAACGAGGUCCACUCGUACCCUGUAAUCAUCGACAUGAUGUCAAGUCUACACGGUGUAAACAUCAGCUUGAGGGCUCUUAAAAGUAAACUGAACGAAGCGUUGUACCGCAGAAGAAAGGAUACUUGGAUGAGUGUGUGAGACUGUGGAACAGUCACAGCAUUCGCCCUUCCAGAACAGCAGCAUGUUCGGGAGUGCCCAAUGAACUCUACUACUUACCACACAGGUUUGCCUCCAGAGACUGCAGAUUUCAAAUUGGAUAGGCUGAACUGGAUGCCCUUACUGAGGCAGCCUGUCAUUGACUCCUUGUGGGGACCCAAACAAGCAGGAGUACUUGGACUUUGCCAUGGAACACAAUCAGUUACAGAAACCAGAGAACUGGGACUCUGCACCAGAACUGUACAUGAAACUAAUCUAAUAUGUCUCAACUAUGAAAUUAUAAAAAAAAGGGAGUUUUUUGUAGUGGUGGAAUACUGCUGUCUGUCUGAACACAAUGUUUAUGAAUCUGUCCCCCACAGCUUAAUUGUUUUUGUGUAAGGUAAAUUAAUCAAAAAUACUAAUAAUUAUUUAAUAAAUUUUUGUAGUAUAGAAAACAAAA